GGGUUCCCGCCAAUUCUUGGGUUACUCCAGUUUGGGUCAAGUUCUGUUGUCCAUGGAGUCGUUUGAUCCUGCAGAGCUGCCGGAGCUACUCAAGCUUUAUUACCGAAGGCUCUUUCCCUACGCCCAGUACUAUCGCUGGCUCAACUAUGGCGGAGUGGUAAAGAAUUACUUUCAACACCGUGAGUUUUCCUUCACACUGAAAGAUGAUAUUUACGUCCGCUACCAGUCCUUCAACAAUCAGAAUGAACUGGAGAAGGAGAUGCAGAAAAUGAAUCCAUACAAGAUUGAUAUAGGCGCUGUAUAUUCCCACAGACCUAAUCAACACAAUACAGUAAAGCUGGGAGCCUUCCAAGCUCAAGAAAAAGAACUGGUGUUUGACAUUGACAUGACAGACUAUGAUGAUGUUAGGAGAUGCUGUAGUUCUGCAGAUAUAUGUUCUAAGUGCUGGACCCUCAUGACAAUGGCCAUACGCAUCAUCGACCGAGCCUUGAAGGAGGACUUUGGAUUUAAGCAUCGUCUUUGGGUAUAUUCUGGAAGGAGAGGUGUUCAUUGUUGGGUGUGUGAUGAAUCAGUUAGGAAAUUAUCCUCUGCAGUACGUUCUGGGAUAGUUGAGUAUUUGAGUGUGGUAAAGGGAGGACAAGAUGUUAAAAAGAAAGUUCAUCUAAGUGAAAAAAUUCACCCUUUUGUCAGAAAAUCUAUAAAUAUAAUUAAAAAAUAUUUUGAAGAAUAUGCCUUGGUGGAUCAAAAUAUUCUUGAAAACAAAGAAAGCUGGGAUAAAGUUUUAGCCCUUGUUCCUGAAAAAUCAAUUCAUGAUGAACUUCAAAAAGAGUUCCAGAAGUCUCACAGUUCACUUCAGCGCUGGGAGCAGUUAAAGAAAAUAGGUAGCAAUUGUGGACUCUGGCUGGAGUGGGAGAUUAUGCUCCAAUAUUGUUUUCCACGGCUGGAUAUCAAUGUUAGCAAAGGAAUCAAUCAUUUACUGAAGAGUCCUUUUAGUGUUCAUCCUAAAACAGGUCGCAUUUCUGUGCCUAUUGAUUUACAGAACGUAGAUCAGUUUGAUCCAUUUACUGUUCCAACUAUAAGCGCUAUCUGCCAUGAAUUGGAUGUCAUUUCCACUAAUGAAAAGGAAAAAGGAGAAGGUGAAACUGAAUCUGAUACCAAACAUAGAACCAGAAAUUAUAAGAAGACCAGUCUAGCACCCUAUGUCAAAGUAUUUGAACAAUUUCUUGAAAACCUGGAUAAAUCACGGAAAGGAGAACUUCUCAAGAAGAGUGAUUUACAAAGAGAUUUCUGAAGACAACUCCCCUCAGAUUAAUGUGGACAUCAUCUACCUUCAACCAAGGAUCAGAUAUUUCAGGAGCCAUUUAAUAAAUGUGUCAGAGCCAUCUAUGGGUAUUAAAGGCUUAAAGUAGAAUUCUCUUUUCUUGAGAAAUAAUUUGUGCUCACAGGAUUUUUUUUUUUUCAGAAUACUAGAGGGUGGUAAAGUUCCUAAAAGAGUAAAAAUAAAGAAUAAGCAAGUUGCAGGUGAUUUUGUAAAUUUAAUAUUAUACAAAGAUAAUUCUAAGACUUCUGGGGUAAAUAUUCAGUUCUAUCAGUUGCCAAGGUAAGUGAGCAGUAAUAUGUCCAAAACUUCUAUUUUUAGCUCACAACUAUUUCAGUUGUAGAUAGAUCUUUUUUCCCUCAGAGCAAUUGGAUUAGCCUUCAUAAAGUAGCAGAUUAGGAAAACUAACCAGUUUCACCACUAUAAAAGCUAUUGUAGGGCUGGGAAUGUGGCUUAUUAGAGUGCUUACCUAGUAUUCAUGAAGCCCUGGGUUCAAUUCCUC